AUGAGCUCCACUAAGGGUGGAAGCUCACAGCCAAACAACCCGCCUGCGAAAAAGCGCAAGAUCGACAACAAUGGCAACAAAGGCGCAGCCAGACGAGUUGCGCGGGCCAUUCCUACGCAGCUGCCCGAAGUCGCCUUUGAGAAUGGCGAGCUCGAUCUCCAGCCCUUUGUGGCCGCCCAUGAGUUUGAAAUCCGCGCUCUCGAGCAGAGCAUGGCGACCUCCAAGACGCAGGGUGCCACACGAGCUUUCCAGAAAGUGCCACGGGGGCUGCGAAGACGAGCUGCCAGUCACAACCCCAAGCGCGUGCCAAAGAGGUUGAGAGCAAGGGCGCAGAAGGAGAAGGCGGAGGACAACACCCCGUUAGUCACGGCCAGGAGGAGAAAACCGACGACGACGACGGCAAGGAUACGGAUGGAGACGGCGAAGAAGCUUCGAACCUUGGCAUUUCGCAAGAAGACGUCUCGGGAGAAGCGAGCCAGGGCGGCUGGGGCCAGAGCAGAGACUCUGCCGGACAAAGCAAAGCAGACCAAACGGGCGAGACGACCCAAGAUCCGACGCAAUGCUCUCAAUGAGCCAACGCGACCGCGGGGCAGAUUUCGGAAACGGCAGAGGAACAAGAUUUGGCUCCCAACGCACAUGUGGCAUGCGAAGCGAGCGCGCAUGACAAGCCCAAAAGAACCCCUCUGGCGAUUUGCAAUGCCUCUCAGGCCCAACGAGAAGAUAUACCGUCCCACUCAUCGCAUGCAAGGCGAUCGAGGGGCGGUCGCGUGGGACAUGAGUUACAUGAGUACAAUCGCCGUCUACGGCCACCCUGCUGGGAUGGAGCGGGUUUUGAGGCGUAUCGGUGUCACACACGACUCAUGCUGGAACGACAAGGGCAAGAAAUGGCGGGCUGGCACACGCAGCUGGUCCGGCAUGCUGAGUCGCGAGACCAAACAAGGCCGGAGGCAAUCGUGUCCCAGCACAGUCUUCUGGGACCCAUUGCCGGUUGAUCGUGUAGCGGUGGAAGACCCCAAGAAGGACAGACGGCGAGUGUUCCUCAGGGUUCACCCAGCCAGCUUCUCGGAAUUAUUCAAUGAGCUGCUACGAUGGUGCAAAUCGGAGACACCACAGCUAUAUAUCGAGGAUCUCCGCUUCGAGAUUGGGAGCAUCGAGCUGACUGGUCCGGCCUCGACAGAGGUGCUUCACUCGGUGCUGACUCCAUAUCUUGUGGCCGGUGAGCCUAAACCGAAACACGCUGAGCUUUUCGCGUCCCUAAAAGGCCUGACGAACCCUGCAGCGCUGCCGCAGAACGCCAUUCUGGGGUUCUCGAUCCAGGAUCCACGACUACGCUAUCCGCCUCGAAAGCAGUCCCCCGCUCAAGGCGAGGCUGCUGAAACAAAGCUCCUAGAGACGGUUUCUCGGUGGCCGGCGGAAACUGCUCUCAAACCGUACACGCUCUUCGACCGUGACAUCCGGCAUCAAGCUUCCCAGUUGCCUACACAAGGACUUGUCAAUCGUAGAAGGAGUAAAAUCACGCCCGGUUCUUUCCUCAAGCCUUCGCCGAUCGACCCAGCUAUACCCAUUGUGCUGCUAGCUUCCCGCUCGGGUUCCAGUACGCAGGCGCAAGGGAAGUGGACUCUCCUGGCACCUUGGAAAUGCAUCCAACCGAUAUGGUACAGCAUCGUUCACUGUCCGUUGUCGACUGGCGGCAAUCCCCGGUUUGCGGGCCUCGAGCAGACGCGCCAGGUUGCCUUUGAGCGCGGGCUGCCUUGGUUCCCUGCGGACUUUCCCACCACAGAUGCUGGCGUUGCGUGGGAGCUGGAGCAAAGAGCCGUUCGCACCCGCACAUGGUCGAGGCGACCCAAGAGCAAGCGCACAGAAUGGAGUACUGUUGAUCUCGGCGCCGGCAGGAAAGGUGAGCUUGGCGACGGGCUGGCCUGCGAUUUCGAGUACCUUUUCGGUCUCCCACGGCCAGACGGCGCGGAGACGCAGUCGACCGAGGACGCCAUGGAUGUUGAACACGCUCAAGUCUCACAGACCAAGGCUCCCUCGCCUUCGGCCUUGGGUGCCCUCCAUCACGUCGGCCGAAAAGCCUUGCAAGGGCUGGCGCGAGCAGAGGAAGGUGUUGCUCUCUCUAUACCGUUGAAUGCGCUUCUGACUGUGCGCAUUCGACUGGUGGCCCGAGGAGCCAAUGAUACUACACGGCAGCCUCGAGCAACCACUCCCGAGUCGCGCAAGCAGCGCAUUGUGAAAGAUCUGACAUCGAGGCCGACACCUUGGCCAUCUACGAAGUCGAACUUGACGGAUAUCGGGGGCCAGCACCCCUUGUGCCCGAGCUCGAGCGACCUCAUUGGAACACGCACUUGCCAGAACUUUGCAAAUAUGAACAUGUCGGAUAAGAUUAUGGGCGGCUGCUUAUGCGAAGCAGUCCGCUAUCAGAUUGACAUGCGACUAAGCACAAUACCCCCAUCAACGUGCCAGUGCACCCAAUGCCGCAAGCAAUCCGGCGCCCUCAGCGUGCACUUCCUCAAAGUACCCCUCUCCUCGCUGUCCUGGCUGCGGAACAAGGAGACGUGGUCGCGGGACGCCCCGCCCGACCUCACGAUAUUCCGGGCGUCCCCAGGCUCCCCUGAGAUCACGCGCGGAUUCUGCUCAAAGUGUGGGGGUCUCGUCUACUGGCGCGAUGGGAGCACCGAUAUGACAAGUAUCACCUUGGGCACCUUUGACGAGGACAUGCUCCGGGGACGGCAUAGUGUGCUCGCGGGUGCCAAGUCACACCUCUAG